CGGGCCUCCUCGGGGUGUGGCGCAGAAUUCUGUCGGCGUCCUCGCCCGCCCCCCAGGGUACUGUUGCAAACCGCACCCUUUGCAAGCCUCACUCUUCGGAGUCGCCGAACAUAGCGGCCCUCGUCUGGGUCGACGACGAGAUCUCGGCGCAGCCAGAGGCCUACUGGGCGGUAUGCACAUUGUUGUGGCUCCCCGAAAUCACCGCCGUCAUCUUCUUGGCGGCCAUCAUAUGCUUCAGGUGCGCCAAGGAAUCCUACAGCGCCAAGUCAAGGGAGCAGCUCCCUGGGUCUGCGAUCGUGGCCGUCACUCAGUUCCUCGUCAGCAUCACCCACACCGGGAAAUCGUGGCAGGGGUUCAUGAUCCUCGCCGCCAAAGUUAUCGGUGUGACGGUCUACGUGGCGCAGGCCGCGCUCUUCUGGUACGCCCCGCUGUCGGCCCCUCUCUCCGUGUGCUCCGCCAUCGGGGUCGUCUUCAGCGCGGGCGGGAUCAUAUACUUCUGCCGAGACCCGUCAUGGCUCGACGGCGUCGUGCAGCCGGAGAACCAGGUCCUCACGGUGACCGAGGUGAAGACCUUCUUGCGCUUGUUGCCCCUUUUGGUCGCCACGGAACUCUCCUACGGUUGCCUCAACUCGAUGGCGGAGACGUGGUAUAGCCGCCAGGCCUGCCAGAUGGAUCUUAGGCUUGCCUGGGGUGGCAGUGCCGUGGACGCGCCGCAGAUGUUCGUGGGCUUCUUCACGGUCUUCUCGUGCCUCCUGGUCGUCGUCGCCACGCCGCUCUUCCUGCUGUUCGGGCUGCCGAGGCUGCGCAGGGCCUGCGAGGCCCUCGGCCUCCAGUACCGGGACUGGACCAACUACCUGGUCGGCCUGGGCUUCGGGAUCGCCUCGGCGCUCGUGGCGGCGCACCUCGAGCUGUGCCGAAAGAACUCGGAUCUCCUGGACAUCGUCAGCGAGUGUGCGCCCGUUGGCGCCUCGGUGCGGUCGAUGAGCGGCUUCUGGAUGCUCGUGCCGUACGCGCUUAUGAGCAUUAGCACGCUGCUGACGGUCCCCACCAUCAUGAUGGUAUCAUUCAGGCAGGUACCGCGGAAUAUGCGGUCGAUCACAGCCGUAACGUUCCUUUUCAUGCAAAGCGCUUCGGACUCCGUCAUUACUUCAGUCAGUCUUGCAAUGGUGGAGUACACUCCGAAGGAUUUGGACACCGGCAAUUUAGAGUACCUUUAUUUUAUAGGCAUCACUGUGAGCCUGACUCUAUUGGGCUUGUUCUCCUUCCUGCUCCAAGGUUUUGAAGAGAGGAAUUUUCUUGACACCGUGGUCAGGGUCAAUGACUCCGACGACGAGUCCACCAACAUGGCGCCCGCAGCCUGAGAUGGCGCCGGCCGGAGCGGGGCUCUCGAUUGGGGACCUUUUCGGGAGCUUGUUGCCACCCGCACAAAGAUUCGCCGAUCGACCGCCGCGCUCCCUGGAGAGUGAUGGGCUCCGCACGGGAAAGGGGACGCGCCCCUCUCUCGGCGGCCCCCGUGGCAGGGGUGAGGAGGCCCCCCCCCCUCCUCCCCGGCCCUCUUGACUCACCGAGCGCAAGCCGCUCUUCGCAAAGUGCCUGCUCGCAGGCGUCCGCACUAGACAUGCCUUCGUCGAUGUACCUCAUGUAUCGUAGAUCCCCCAUGGCGGCUCAGGGCCACGUGCGAGUAGUUCUCUUGCGAGUCGUGGAACGCGCUUGUCUGAUUGCUGCCAGAGCGCCCGUGCGCGCCUCCUGCCCUCUCCCUGC